CCUGCGCGCUCAGGCUGGCUCGGCGGCGGCGGCUGCGGGCGACAGGGCUCCCCGAGGGCGAGGGCGGGCGCCCCGGCAGCAGGUGGGCGGGGUGCGGGCCGGCGGCGGCGGGCGGGGGGCGCCAGGCUGCGCUGGGGCCGGCGCGGCGCUCCGUGGUGCGCCAUGGACUUCAACAUGAAGAAGCUGGCAUCGGACGCGGGCAUCUUCUUCACUCGGGCGGUGCAGUUCACAGAGGAGAAAUUCGGCCAGGCCGAGAAGACCGAGCUCGAUGCCAGCUUUGAGAACCUUCUGGCCCGGGCGGACAGCACCAAGAACUGGACGGAGAAGAUCCUGCGGCAGACGGAGGUGCUCCUGCAGCCCAACCCCAGUGCCCGCGUGGAGGAGUUCCUGUAUGAGAAGCUGGACAGGAAGGUGCCCUCGCGGGUCACCAAUGGGGAGCUGCUGGCUCAGUACAUGGCAGAGGCGGCCAGCGAGCUGGGGCCCACCACCCCCUACGGGAAGACCCUGAUCAAGGUGUCAGAAGCCGAAAAGCGCCUGGGAGCCGCCGAGCGGGAUUUUAUCCACGCAGCCUCCAUCAACUUCCUCACGCCGCUGCGCAACUUCCUGGAAGGGGACUGGAAGACGAUCUCGAAGGAGAGACGGCUCCUCCAAAACCGGCGUCUGGACUUGGAUGUCUGCAAAGCACGGCUGAAGAAGGCCAAGGCCGCGGAAGCCAAAGCCGCGACGGUGCCUGACUUUCAGGAGACUAGACCUCGUAAUUACAUUCUCUCCGCCAGCGCCUCCGCGCGUUAUUGGGAUAUUUGGCAUUUACUGUUUAGUCUGGGAACUAGGCCAGUCUCACGUAUCCCAUCCUGCCUGUCACAACCAUGCUGUGCCUUCUGCCUCUUCUCUGUCCUCCCAUCUUCCCCACGGGUGACGUCCUCCCGCACAGACCUCCGCUCUGCCUCCCCCGUCACAGCAUGUUUCCGUGUGUACCCGUGCAGUCAGGCAGUGGCUGGGCCCUCGUCCCUCGGGGGCGUCAACCGCAGUUUAGUCCGCAGGGCCCUGCUGAUGGGCGCCCCGUCUGUACACGUGGGGGUGGCCCCCCGUGAGGGGCUCCCUCACCAGCACUGGUGGGACCCCUGCCACAGGGCUGGCCCGGUUCUACUUGCGUGUCUCAGGUCCCGGUCUCAGGGUAGCUUUCCCGCCGUGGGGAGGAGAAGUGGGGCCCCCAAGGCGUGGUGGGAGGAGGGGUCCUCUAGGCUCUGAUCGCACUCCCUGCCCCCCUCCUGGGCCGAGAGGAAGGAGAACUGUCCUGGAGGGUGGGGGCUGCCGUUUUUCCUUUGCUGCUGAACCCGUGUGACUCUGCUGAAGGACAGAAAGGUUCCGUGACUGACCCAGGGCCCCAGCAGCCGUGGCCCAGUGUCAGGGUGGGGUGGGGACCCCAGUCAGUGCCUGGGGCGUACCCGGUAGGAGAAACCCAAGCAGGACUUGGCAGCUGGCUGUCCCCUCCCUGCAUGCGGCAUGUCGGACUGACUGCGAGUGACAUGCUCCUCUCACCAGGCCGCAGCCCAGCCUCAGCUCCG